GUGGCGGGGGGGUUGGAGAUUCAUGAUCCUUGAGGUCCCUUCCAACCUGGGGCAUUCUGGGAUUCUGUGAAUGCCUACGUGUAAUCGUUCUGAAGAAGUGCAAAUGCAAUUAGGAACAGAAGAUUCUGCCUAAUCCUCUCUCUGUAUCUUCUCACUGUGUGUGAGGGUGCUCUUUUUUUGGGAAACCGAUUCCUACCGAAGUAAUAAAGCUGUUGUUUGUAGGGGGCAUCCAGUGGGCAGGCUGUGUGCACGUGAUGAUGCACACGAGUGGAACACAACUCACUUCUUGUUACACUCUGAAGCUUUCACUUUGACACUGAAACACCCAGCUGUCCUCUAUUUAUUUAUUUAUUUAUUUAUUUAUUUAUUUAAUUAUGUGUCUCUACUAAUCAACAAGUAAUCUAAGCAUUUUCUCUGCUUAGGCUAGCAGAGUCUGCAUAAAUUCUUCCUGGAAUAGUCAAGAAUACCGUUGAGACAGUUUCUGAACCAUCAGUGAUGAUUGCAGAAAAUUCAGAGAUUGGGUAAGAUAGGCAAAGCAAGAGAAGGAAAGUACUUAGGUAAGGGAUGAACCUGGGAAUCUUAUAGAGCCACCAGCAACUUUCUUGGCAGCAGGAAAUCACUUUUUGUUUAUUUGGAAAUCACUUUGCAAGCAUCAGCGGGAUAAGCCGGUUAGGAAAAAUCAGUGCAAGUUUCUCAACCAAACAAGCAUGCCAAGCUAAGAGAUGAGGUUCAGUGGAACAUUGUUCCAGAUCCAGUACUGCUCUGUGCUUUCCCAUGACUUGAAGCUGUAGCUGGUGGCCCUUCAGCCACCUGUCUUUCUCUUGGCUUGGUUCCUGACCUAGUUCCCAAUCAGAGUGCUGUGCAUGUGCUGACAUGAGGAGGAGGCAGGUGUGAGAGCAGGCACAAACUGGGCAGGAAGUAGGUGACCUUAUUUCAUCCAAUGGGAUUGUCAGUGUUUGCUAGUUUUUGUUGACCUGGGUUUUAGCUUACAGUAAGGAACACACUGGUGCCAAUCUAGGAGGGAUUGUGAGUGCUUUGUCUGCAGCAUUAAGAAUAUCUUAGUAAGAACAGGGCAUAUUUAGAACAAAUGGGUCAGAUCCAUUAAUACAAAAUAUGCAGCAUCAGGAAGGCAUUAAUACAGGAAUUGUGUGUGAAACUUGGCCUCAAUUAUCUUCUCAUCAGAGCUGCUGAGGUGUUGAUUCUGAACUGCAGACUUGAAGAGUAACACUGCUGGUGGGAUCUAGAAAGAGCAAAAGUGGCAAAGAGCUUAAAAGCUCUGUUCUGCUAGUAAUUGGCAAUAAAACUAGAUUUGCUUAUUAUAGAAGAUGCUUGAGGGCACAGUAACAGUAUUCACAUGUGUAGGAAGGCAGUGGCUGUCUUCCACCUCAGAUACAAAUUAAUCUUAUCUUCACUGUUCUAGACAUGCUUUGGUUGGAUGAGAGGAACUCCAGAAAUUGGGGUAGUGAGCACUGGAGCAGCUCACCCAGGGAAGCUGUGGAAUUCUUCCUGUGCUGCUGCAGAGGGCAAAUAAAACCAAUUUUUGCUUUGGAGUGGAGCACAGAGCUCUUGAGCUCUGUUUCAGCUCUGUGGUGUCCUGUUAACAAAAACAUCUCUGUGCAGAAGGUGCUUCUAAAUAUGAACACGAGUAUUCUCAAGUUCCUGUCCCAUCCCACCCAGUCACCUCAGUGUGAGAUACAUGAGUUCUAAGGCAAUGACAGGCCAAGAUUUUGGGAUCAGUUAAGAGCCGUGGUUUUACACAUCCUCUGCUGCUGCUCAGUUUCUUCACUCAGUUGUAGUUACAAGGUGGGGGCUUGGUUACCUCGCCCUCACAAUUUCCUGUAUAUGUAUUUUUUUACCUUUUAUGUACACAUUCUUAUUCCCUUCACAUUCUCUGCUUCUUAGAUUUUAUAGCAUCUCUUUUGGAAUCUUUCAGUUUGCUCCUAGCAUAAGUAGGACUUGUGCCAGCUGUAGCUCAUUGUGCCAGACAGAGCACAUGCUCCCAACAUGCAGCUAACUGGCCAGUGGAACAUAUGUAUCCAGGGGGAGUACGUUAAGCACUGCAAUUUCUGCUGCAGAAUCAAGAAUGCUCAAGCCUGGGUGCUGGUUUGGAUUGGCUUGCUUGGCUUGUGAUGUUGCAGUGCUCAGAGCAGAUCAGAGUAAGGGAUGCAGAGCUGUCAUCGUUUCUCUCUUCCAUGCUGUGGGUGCAUGGAGCUUUGUGAGUUGUCAGCACUUUGAGCAGCAAUAUCACUGCCUCCAAAACAAUGCUCUUCUGGAGGAUGUGGUGCUGAGGGAUAGGAAUACAGCCUAUCCUGCAGGCAGCUCAGUUGCCAGAGUCUGCCUGGGAGGAAGACCUGUUGCAGUGAAGCCAUGGAUGCCGUAGCAGAAGCUGAAAUAAAUUGGCAGGCUGGGCCCAGCAGGUGUUGACCACUACAUUUAUUAAAACUUUAAAGGUUUUAAUCUAGAGAGGAAGAAGCUUCUUGACAUUUUGUUAUUAAAUGAUAGAUGAGGAGGGACUUAGUUGAUAUGAACUUGAGGAAUCUUUGGCUUUGAAAAUCAUGUAAGAACUUUAGAUGGCCCUGGUUCUCUGUCUCCCCCUUCUACUGCCUUUGUGAGCUCUUGUGCCAUACACAUUGCAAGAUGAGUGCUAAACGGGGGGGAAAAACCCAGCAGGUAAGUGAGCAUCCACGUGUCCUUUCAGUGUGAGUAGAUUGCCAGUUUUUCAUCUCAGUGAAGCGGGAAGCAAAACUGCAGCCACCUACAGAAGAGGGUCAAGUGACACCCUGAGUCAUUAAGGCAGCAAACAAAGUUACAUCUCAUUUUAUAUCUUACUUGGCAAAUAGGUGAUCCUUACUUAAUACCAAUAGCAAAAUGAAUUGGGCACGAGAUAUCCUUAAGUAUUAGCAGUUCUCAUCCUGGGAGCUUAAGAAAGUGAACGAAACAGGAGCUUUGAAGUUGUGUUGUACAUCAGUACAGGACGUUCCAUGGUAUUUGACUCUCCACAAAACAUCAUGUGCAUUGCUAGCAGCAAGUGGUUACUGAUUAGAUUGGCCCCAUGUGCUAUAGAUUGAGUGCACUAUGGCGUCUUUAUGAGCACAUCUUUCCUUACUUUUCUUUGCUCCCUUUGAACCUGGGAUUAUUUUUCUUUCCAUAGGUUCUUACACAGUUCCAGCUGUGUUAAUUGGCUGAAGAGUCAAAGCUGUCCUGUCCAUUGAGACUGACUUUGUAGAUGUGGCGUGCAGUGUAGCUAUGUGUGUAAUACUUGAAGCAGUGUUGGUACCAACAGCAGUUUAGAAGCAGCACUGUUUCUGUUCACGCCCUCUGGAUGAGCACAGUGACAUAAUGUGAAUGUUCUCAGUGGCUGUAACGUGCUUUGGAAAAGAUAGCAAAUUUCUGCUUGUUUUUGCUAAAAGCCACGUAUUGCAGCGUACAGAGAUGUGCAGCUCUGCUGGCUGAGCUGUGGGGCUGUGGUUGCUUUGGGCCUAACGGGAUUAGCAACCUGCUAUGUUACCAGUGUUUGUUGGGGUACUGGAGGAUUUGUAGGAGCAGUUCUUCUGAAUGUGAAUAAUGAUCUUCAGUUCUGAGAGUUCUGGAGUCACCGUGAGGUGUUUUGAUCUCUUGCUGUAUUCAUACAGGGCUGGGGCUGUACUCACUGUGCUCAAGUGUUCCUGCGUCCUGUCCUGAGCCAGCAUCCAAGCACGUUGCUGGGAGCUGCAGGGAUUACAGGAGCCCUUGCCUCAUGAGCAGCGCGGCCUGCGCGGCACCGUGGGCAUGUGGUCAGUGUUAGCAGUGCUCGUGUGGGGCUCUGCUGUUACUUGCAGUGCUGUACAUCUUUAUGAUUCAUUAGUCUGCUUUAAACGCAAGCAGGAAACCAUUAAAGCUACCUGAAAUAUGAGUAUUAUUUCCUGUUGUGGCAAACUAAUUAUCUCGGGGCAUAUUUGGAAUGAAAUGUUUGGGACUGGGGCAUUCUGUUUUUACUGCAAUCCUUAGUGGUAUUUAUAUGUAUUCGAGGCAAGUACUGUGGCUUGUAUUUUGCAUCUGCUGCUUUUAUGGAUGUUGAGAAAAUAAUUAUGUAGGCAGCAUGGCUUAGCAUUGCAACCUGCAGUGGCUCAGCAUUGCAGCAUGGAACGCUUUCAGACUUGAUGCUGGCUGCAAACUGCCCACAGAAAACUGUGUUUUUAAAGAAGUGAAAUUUCAACAGGGACUCUUAGAAUCCUUCAAUGAAAAAACAGGUAAUUUCUAUCAGGUAACUCUUUGCACAUGGAGCAGAAAUCUCCACUGUCUUCCGAGAGUAUUAUUUGUGUGGCUGCCGUAACCAUUUCUUUUUGUGUGACAGAUCCCAGGUAGCAUGCUAGGAGAGGGAAAAUAGAGUGAGAGAAAUGAAAGUAGUGUGGCAGAGGGGGUUAAAAUGAGAAGAAAGUGCAUUCACAUAAUCAGGUCAAAUCAAACAGGCAGAAUAAAACGACCAGUAUACAGGAAUAAUUUAAGAGUGCACAACUGCAAUGUCAUGCAGUUCUGUUUUCUGGAGUUCUGUGUGUUGCUGUGGGACGAGGGCAGCUCAGACAAAUGCAGUGUAGUGUUGGUUUUGUCUGCUAUUGGGCCAGUUCUUGCUUCAGCAGCCUCAGCUUGCUGGGGCAGAUGGGGCAAUUAGUGCAGCAUUGUGUCCCAGGGGCACGGAGUGCUGCCAUCCCCCAAAGCUCUGCCUCCCUGCGCUGCAGGAGUACAUAAGUGUGGUGCAUCAGUGCUCCUGGCCCUGUGCUUUCAUUUCAUGGGCCACACGGACGUACUCCAGACUUUUUAGAUAAUCUCCCUGCCUGAGGACUUAAGGUCUUGCUUUUAGCUAUUUCUCAGUUUCCCUCUGUUGGCUGUUUCCAGCAUUGGUGGCCAUAUUCUGGUCCAUUAAUGCCCAGGUGCUGCUGAGUCCCUAAGGAGAUGCUUUUCCUUUAAUGAGAGCUUAGGUCUUUAGUGUUUGUUGUCAGUGGAAUUGGAAAUACAAGCAGAAGAAAGCACAGUGCCCAAGUCAACGCCCCCUGUAGCGUUUCGGUCAAGCAGAAAUGAUGUAAAUUCCCAUCCUGCUACUUCAGAAGCUUGAAAAGAAGCUUGUUAUUCAAAGGGCUAAAAAUGGGCCAGACCACCCGUCUUUUUUUCCCCUUAUAACUUAUGCUGUCCGUAUGCUCGCAGCGUUGAGUCAGACAGAUGUGACUACCCAUCUCCACUGCUCCUGGGAGCCGAGAUCCAUGUAACCAUGGAGUAACAGGAGUUCUUCCAACACUGAACACAGCUCUCGGUCGGAACUACUCCCACGGAUGCUGUAGUGGAACAGCUGCUGGAGCAGCACAGCUCGGGGUGCUGCCUCGUGAUGUGGUUUGUUCUGGACGUAGCUCUCAUCCUUUAGAGCAUCUGGUGUAACGUAUGUCAGAGCCGUAGCUCAAAACCUUCCUUGUUUCAACGUUUUGUCCUCAGCGAGUUUCUUUGUUUCUCCUUUUGCUGUGAGCACACAGUACUGUUCUGCUAAAUCAAAUAUCAGGGUUGCUUUUGGUAUCCCUCUGUUAUCUUUUUAUGUCCUAUUUGCCCUCGGUAUCCCUGUUCAGGUUGACCAAAACCACGAUAUUGAAUCACCUUCAGGUUUUAAAAAAUCUCAUUUCUUUUUCUGUUCACUGCUUAUCCUCACAGUCUCUUUUCUGUUGCACUUCUGAUUUUUUUUUUUCAUUUUCUGUUCUUUCCAAACUGGGUGUUUUUUUUUUUUCUCUUAUCUCAAAUACAAACAGGAAAAAGAUGAUGACAACAAUCCUUUGGUCAAAUGUAAAUAGGAAAAUAUGGAAUCAGCACAGAUCUCCUAGUGGUUACUCUGUGAUAAUCCCCUCCCAGAAGAGGCAGCUCUGUAAGCAAAAGAACUAACAAAGACGUGUUUCCUAUGUGCUUGUGCAUAGUGGCUGGUGAGCCUUGGUGCCUUGGGUACCAGGAACAAUCUCAAGUGGGAUCUUCUCCUGCACAGGCCUGCAUAAGGUUCUCCCUGCAUGCAUUACCUGCGCAGGGUAAUGGGACUGAGCCGUGCUCCAGGGCAUUCCUUAGUAAGGGAUCAAGCCCUUCGUGCCCACCUGGCUGUGUGACACCUGUAGAGCACAGUACUCGUGCCUUCAGUGCCAGGGUCACUGAUAAAUGACCAAACAUCCUGGUUCACAGUGACUGAAGGAUGACCACAGAGAACUACAUGCACAAACAAAGCAAUCUUAUUUCUCUGGAAAACUGUGCAAAGCCCAAAUCCAUCUCGUUUGCAAGUCAUUUUGAAGGCGUGCUAAUGCUCUCUGGCUUCAGCCUUUGAAUCAGUGGAGCUGCAAGAUGGCUUUGUCACUGUGUUGGUGGAGUGAGAUCAGCACCUGCAGCACAGCAGUGUUCCUCUGUUUGGUGCUCCAGGAGAUGCUUCGGGUGCCGGCGAGGAGAGCUCUGCUUUGAUGCUGGCAAUGAAAACUAAGGAGAGCUUGAUGUCUCGGGACCAGACGGUGUGCAAGUACUGUGGCGUCAGCUAUUUGAUACUGCAUGAGUUUAAGGUGAUGGAAGAAAAAAUAAAAGCAAUGGAAAAGGAGAUUAAGUUUUAUGAAGGAAGUCUAGAACGGGAAAAGGGACUUCAAGAAGAACUGCAGUCCCUUUACCAAGACCUUGAGCGCUGCCGAAAUGAUGGGAAAUCCAAAACAGAAAGGAUAACAAGCCUAACAAUGGAGUUAAAAACCAAACAAGAUGAACUGAAGAACGUGAAAGAAGAUUUGCGGUAUUUCCAGGAAGAAAAGGAAGCUGCCCAUAAGCAAUCCCAGGUGCUCAGAAGUACACUGGAACACCAUUGCUCAACUCUGAGCAGGGCUGUCUCUCUGUUUCCUUUCAUCAGAAGAGAACUAGAAAGUAUUAAGGAAGUUGUGUCCAGUAACCUGGAGAGCUGGGCUGCCCUGAAAGAAGAAAUUUUUCAACAAAUAAGAACUGUUAGCAAAGAAGCUUUGACAGAAAUACCCAAACUGAAUCAAAAGUUAGCAAAAUCCCAGAGGGAGAAUGAGUGCCUUCAGGAAAAGGUAAAACAUCUGACUCUGGUGGCUGAUACGGUUGAGCUGAAGACUCAACAGCUUCAAACUUCUCUUCAGCAAGGGAGUGAGCUACAAAGCAGAUGCCGUGAGCUACAAAAGGAAACAUUAGAUUUAACUAAUCAAGUCGAGACCACUGAGCACAAGCUGCAGAAGGUAACAGCUGAGAUGGAUCACUACAAAAAGCUGCUAAUGGUGAAAUCAGCAGAACUUGAUGUGUGUCAAAAUGAAAUGAAAAAAAUGAAACAUGAAAAUGGAAUUUCUGAGUCAAGACUUGCAAAAGAGCUCAAGGAAAAGGAAGAAUCUCUACUGAUUUGCCAACAAGUAUGCAAACGUUUGCAGGAAGAGGUGGCUGAGAAGGAGAGGAAAGAAGGAGAUCUGAGAAGAAGAACCAGUCAAUCCGAAAGUGAACUGGAAACACUUAAAGCUCUUCUCACACAAACAGAGGAAGAGGUGGUGAUGUUGAAGCAAGAAAGGGAGUUAAUGCUGAUUUCUCAUCAGAACAGAACAGAACAGCUGCAGGAAACAUUAAGGCAGAAGAUGCGGAAUGAAGAUAACUGGAGGGAGAAGGUGGAGAUGGAUCUGGCCAAAGGUGAAGCACGGCACAAAGAAGCAAUUCUCAAAGUCAGAGAAGAAGCCAGAGUGGAACUGGACUCUGAAAGACAAAAGCAGCAAGAACUAAUCACAAAAUACCAGAGAGAUCAGGAAGAGCUCCAGAAGAAGAUACCUGAAUUGAUAUCCAGUGCCACCAACAGCUUACGGAUGGAGGCAGAAAUUCUUGAAAAGAAGCUACAAGAUGUCCAGAUCGAACUUGCAGAGAAAGAUCAAGAGAAAGAAAAAGAAAUUCAGAGCCUUAAAAGGCUGGUCACUGAACUUGAAUUUCAGCUGAAAGUGGAACAGAACAAUAACGAAUCAUUACUGGGUAAUCUGAGGAAAGAAAUUAAACACAAGUCAGAUGAACUGGAAGAAUUAACCCAGGAGAGGACGCAGCUGAUUCACAGUUUGAGUCAAGUGCAAGAGGAGAACACUCUUCUCCAGGAAACGGUGCGCAGAGAGUGCGAGGAACGCUAUGAGCUGACUGCAGCUUUGACUCAAGCCAGGGAACAAGUGCUGCAACUCAGAAAGCUCAGUGGAAACUUGCCGUUAUCGCCGCGUUCCCUGGCUCGGGGCAGCCUAACCUCCUCCCCUGCCCUGCGUGCUGAUUACGGGCGCAGCAGCCGCCCCGGCCCAGGGGGGGCCGUCCAUCCCUCCGGGCAGGUCGGUAUUCCCCGAGCUGUGCAGGCACCCGCUGGCAGGCCCAGCAGCGGGACUUUGCCGGCUCUCAGAGGCCGGGAGAGCGCGGCCAGGAGAAGGCAGCGGAGCCAACUGUGACACGUGGGGGAGCCCUGCGGUGUCAGCCGUGGGCCCUGGGCCUCAGGUGUUGGUGAUGAACUUGGUGCGAUUCUACAGCUGAGGAUGAAGUUACGUCCUGAGAUGUUUUUGAUGCAAUAAUGUUUAUUUGUCCGUUGCGCAUCAGUGUAAUUAAAUGCUAUCUACGUUCCGAGAUGGGAAAAGAAUGAAAAAAUAAUUGCCUCUCAAAAAGGUGCACGUAUUCGAGAAGUGUAAUUAAAAUAAUUACCAACUUCAAAGGCUGUUCUCCCUAAA